AUGGAAAACGAUAAAGGUCAAUUAGUUGAAUUAUACGUCCCAAGAAAAUGUUCUGCUACCAACAGAAUCAUUAAAGCUAAAGAUCACUCUUCAGUUCAAAUUAACAUUGCCAAUGUUGAUGAAGAAGGUAGAGCCAUCACUGGUUCCAACACCACCUACGCUUUAUCUGGUUACAUCAGAGGUAGAGGUGAAGCUGAUGAUUCAUUAAACAGAUUAGCCCAACAAGAUGGUUUAUUAAAAAACGUCUGGUCUUACUCCCGUUAA